AUGGUUACCACUCGAGCGGGAGACCACGCCGACGGCGCUGCCGAUACGAACGGCAAAACGGAUGCUCCUUCUGCCGCAGAGAAGCAUACCAUCGACCAAGAUGCUGCCAAUGCAUCUCCAAAUGCUAAACGUGCAAAAAAGUCGGACGACAACACUCGUCAGACUACCUUGGAAGAGAGCCUGGAGAAGAACGAUGACAGAGAUUUGAAGAAGACUGAGACGCAAGAAGGGGAACCAGGCGCCAAUGAUACUGAGAUGAAGGACAGCGAAGAGAAAGGUGCUAAGGAAGAGUCUGUUGAAGAUUCAAAAACCGAGACGGAGAAAAAGAGUAAUGGGAAUACCGCCGAAAUCCCUCACGAGGACAAAAAGGUCCCAUCCAACAUCCUUGAGAAAGGCAUCAUCUAUUUCUUCUUCCGCGCACGCGUCAAUACCGAUCAGCCUGAGGAAGUCGACGACAUUGCUCGCAGCUACAUCAUGCUCCGCCCCAUCGGCGUCGACUCCAAGCUCGGUGACGGUCCAAUUGGCGAUGCUGGCAACACUCGGUUGCUGGCCCUUCCCAAGAAGGUUCUCCCAGAAAGCGGCAGAGAUCGCUUCAUGGUUUUCGUUGAGAAGUCUGGUGCUUCAUUUACCGAGCUCAAGGAACAGUUCCUCUCCGGCACCGAGAACGAGACCAAGAGCGGUACCUCGCACGUCCCUGCUGCUACUCCGGCAGGCGAAGGCGUUUAUGUCAUUACGACCACCGGUAGAGAGACACACCUGGCGUAUAUGCUUACACUUCCCUCUACCCUCGGCGAGGUCCAGGAGGAUUUGGGUCUCAAAGAGCAGGGUAGCUUCAUUCUGAGCACCAAAAACCCCAAAUUCCCCGGCCCUGCGAAUGCUAGAUUGCCAGAGGGCCCCGAGUUCUCCGAAAAAAUCCAAGAGGAAUUUCGCGACCUCCGCUGGAUGCCAUCUAAACCGGAACACCUCGACUUUCCCAACGCUCAGAUCCUCUUGAUUGGGGAGUCUUCAGGGCUCAAGAAGGCCACGGAGCCUCGAAAGAAGGAUAUCAAGGAGGGCAACGAAGAGCCAAAGGAUGUUCUCGAGGAGAUUGAGGAUGAGGACACCCAGAGAAUGCAAAAUCUUGCUGACGACGACUCAAGCGCCAUUUUUGCCGACUUGCAGGCCCGAGCCAAGGACUACCCCAAGCUGCAGACAACUUUUUAG